AAAAAAUGUUCGAUUCUUUUCAAUUGAAUAAUCGAUUAUUUAUUUGGUUUAUGGUUGUUGUUGUUGUUCUAUUAGUCGAAUGUUUAAAUCUUGGCCAUUCAUCUUUCGUCGUGGUUGAUGAUGGUGGUGAUGGACGAGAUCAUCGAACUGAUAAUGAUCGUAAUAAUAAUCAUGUGAUUAAUUGUGAUACUAACCAUAAUUGUAAAAUGGAUAAACAAUUUUGUCAUAAUGGCCAUUGUCAUUGUCUACCAUCACAUGUAUGGAAUAAUGGUCAAUGUGAAUAUAGAAAUUGUUUAUCCGAUCCACGGAUAUGUCAAUCAUUACAACGUGAAUGUCAUUGGAUACCAUGGUAUAAUUGGCAAAAUGGUAUAGCAACAUCAACUACCGUGAAAUGUUUAUGUCCACAUGAUCAACUUGAAGAUCAUCUGGGUAGUUGUCGUCAUAAAUGUCUUACUGAUAAUGAUUGCAACGUAAAAGAUCCUGGUAGUAAAUGCCUUAUGUUUCAUUGUCAAUGUCCAACCAAUUAUCGUCGCAAUUCAAAUUCUGGUCUUUGUGAACCAUUUCAAUGUCAAUAUGAUGAACAAUGUUUCAACGAAGGUGAUAUGUUUCGUAAAUGUCGUAAUGGUACAUGUGAAUGUGAUUAUGAUAUCGAUAUGGAUACAGGAAAAUGUACCGUUUAUUGGUAUCAUUUAUUUCGGCCACAAUAUUAUCAAUUUGGUGAUCAUGUUACAAGAAUUCUAUUGUUGACCAUUACGAUUGUGCCUAUUGUAGUUCUAUAUUGUUUAAUAUCAAAUAUUCGUCGUGCUCGAUCAACAUUUGUAUCGAUUCAACAACCAGCAAUGAUUUCAUUUCCAGCAACAAAUCGAUCACCAUCUACUGAAAUAAUACAAAAGGAAAAACAAGCCAAUUAUUAUGCAAAUAUUGAAAAUAUUGCUAAUAUAAUGAAAGGUAAUCAUCAACGGUCAUCAUCAUCAUCAUCGAAUUUUAAACAAUUUAAAUAUACAAGAUUUCAAUAAUGAUGGAUAGAAAUAUAUUACCUGUUGCUUUUCUGGUAAACUAAUAUUUCACAUCUGCACAACAACAACAACAUUUGAAUCCGGCAUCAGCAUCAGCAAUACCAUUACCAAGCAUGGAUACAUCACGUUGUAAUAAUCAUGAAAUAUCAAAUCCUUUUUUUGCAACCAACAACAACAACAACAACAACAACAAUAUUCAACAGAUGUUUUUGUUGCGUUUUCCAGAUUUUUUCUUUUGUCUUUGCCUACGUGUCUAUACAUCUUCUAUCGGUCAUCAUCAUCAUUAUUAUUAAUUGAUGAUUGCUACAAUUAAUCUAAAUAAUUAAUGUGGAUAUAAUAAAAAUAAAAUACACCUUGAAAUAAAGUGACAAAAAAAAACGAUUAAUAAUCGUUAUAUUAUCAUUCUGUUAAUAUAUAAAUAUCACUGAUAAUAAUGUGUAUCUCGUACAUUGCCAUUUUUUGUAUGUUUGUGUCUGAUCUCUACCGAUUAUAAUUUUUUAACCAUUGAUUGACAG